UUCCGGAUUUCCCUGUUUUGAAAGGAAACAAUGUAGCCUUGCUGCGUGAAGUCUGUGAAGGGUAAGCAGGCCCAGGGCUGUACAGCUCUGAGCAGGCCUACUCGCCCAAAUUUACAGCGAAUGGGCAUCACUACAAAUGACAGAGGCGAGUCUCCAGUGAAACGAUAUCGAGCACUCGUGGAUGACGGGCAUGCGCUGUUAACACCGCUCAGUGGUUGCAUUGGCGAUUUGUCUAGUCUUGGGAAGCGUCCCUUUUCCGGGUUUGUGUUACUGCGACUUCCAAUGGGCGCCGUCCAACGCUACACAGUAGAAGAAAUUGGACAAAACUAGAAUCGCACAAAGCAGUGGAUUGCGAUUUCUUGCCCUGGACACGAAAACAGGCAUGUCAGACAUUAGUGUUGAGGCAGAGGCAGAGCCCAGUCAGGCUGUGGCAGCAGGGGCUCAGGUGGAGCUUGAGGAGGGAGAUGAGCAUGAGGGCCAAUCUCAGGAGGCUCAGACAGAUGCUGAGGAGGCUCACAACACACACGAAGGAGACCUGCAGGCCCGUGACGGCCGUGAGACUGGCCAGUAUGAUGAUGAUGUUGUGUAUGAUGUGGACCUGAGUGACAGUGGUGGUGAGGAUGGAGAGGGGGGCACUUCUCUCAGCCUUGAGGUGCAGGUGGACUCCGAUGUCUCCCUAAAGGACAGUGGUGGGGCUCCCACUAGGGAUGACACUUCGUUGGAUGCAAAGUCAAAGGAGAUUAUGGCAGAGGAGCCACACAGGAGCCCAGCAGCUGAGAUAUCAGUGACCAGCAAUGGGGAAACUGACAACAGCCAUGAUGAUGUGUUUCAGAGGGACGCAGCUCAUGGGAUGACCAGUUUUCCAAGUAUGGCACAAGCCCACAUCCCAUCUGACAGUUAUGGCUCAACCACAGAGGGCGUUGUUGAAGUGGGGCCAUAUCAAGGAUCAGCCAGCCUGCCUACGACACCCACAGUUGGCCCGAGCUCAGUAGCGGCUAGCCGCUUGGCUCGCCUGGCCAGUGACAGUCAGGUGGAGCUGGAGAAAGGUGCUACACAAGGACAGCCUAUGAGCGGAGCAGUUGUCCUCGCAGAUGACCUGAAGAACCCAGCGAUGGAAAAGCUGGAUCUGGUGAGGAAAUGGAGCAUCAACACCUACAAGUGCACUAAGCAGAUUUUGUCUGAGAAGCUGGGGCGUGGCUCCCGGACAGUUGAUCUGGAGCUGGAGGCGCAGAUUGAUGUUCUCCGUGAUAACAAGCGCAAAUAUGAGCAAGUUAUCAAGCUAGCUCAAACACUGGCCGCCCAGCUUUCUCAGAUGAUGCAGACUCAAAGACAACUGGGAGAUGCCUUUGCGGAUCUCAGUUUAAAAUCGCCUGAGCUUCAUGAGGAGUUCAGCUACAAUGCAGACACCCAAAAACUCCUGUCCAAAAAUGGCGAGACUCUCUUGGGAGCUAUCAACUUCUUCAUUUCUUCUGUGAAGACGCUAGUGGAUAAAACCAUUGAGGAUACCAUGCUUAACAUCAAACAGUAUGAAACCGCCAGAGUUGAAUAUGAUGCAUACCGCACCGACUUGGAAGAGCUGAACCUCGGUCCGCGUGAUGGCAACACAUUGCCGAAGAUUGAACUGUCUCAGCAGCAGUUUCAAGUCCACCGUGAGAAAUAUGAGCGCAUGCGCAAUGACGUGUCUGUCAAACUGAAGUUCCUCGAGGAGAACAAGGUCAAAGUGCUGCACAAUCAGCUUCUUCUGUUCCAUAAUGCCAUCGCAGCAUACUAUGCAGGAAACCAACAGCAACUAGAACAGACCCUCAAACAAUUCCACAUCAAGCUGAAAAUGCCAGGUGGAGACACCCCAUCAUGGCUAGAAGAGCACUGAUCCAUGGUUCAGGCCUUCGCUGUGUGAACCAUAAAGGAAGGAAGGCAUCAGCAACAAUGAAGAUGCAAAGUGCACUCCUUCAAUGUCAAACUGCCCCAACCCCAAAAAUGGCAGUGGGCUACCACGUUUCUCUGGCUGACCUUAAAUCUGACAAACACGGAAAAACAGUUAAGAUAAUUGUAAUUUUGUCUAUCUUGAUAACUUUUCAAGCUAAAGAUUUUUAUAAUGUCCUUGUAUUUUCACAACUGAAGAAAAAUGUUUUUUUUAGCUCUUUAAUGAAAAAAACCUAAAUAAUGCAACUCAAGGGAUGUGCACUUUUGCAGUGAUAUGACAAAUCUGAUAUUAAAUGUACUGGGCGGUGGGAACGCCCAUUCACCCAGCUCAUUGAAUGUAGGACUUGAAGUGUGGCCUGAAGUCUGAAUGGCCACAUUUACAUGAGAGAUUCAAUUCAGAAUUAACUCAAUUUAAUUCUUGAGUAAAGCUCAAUUCCGCAUUGAAGACGUCAUGUAAACACUUCACAAUUCGGAAUUAAAUGGAAGUUCAAUGUGAACUCGACAGAAUUGUUUGAUUCUGAAUAAUUAAUUCUGAAUUAAAAAUGUCAUGUAAUGACAUGGCCAAUGUCUCUCAAAGAAUCAGCAAGACACACUUUUUCCUUUUUUAAACUGUUGUCCUUUAAACUUUGCUCUCACCAGCAUGGGCAGCUAAUGGUUAGGACAAAACCAAAAACAUAGACUAUCGAAAUAUUGAAAACACAAUAAGAUAUUUUAAUGGGACUGCUCUGGGAUUGUAAAUAUUCACUAACACUCAGAGAACGUUCUAAUGUCCCCCAGUGUUCACUUUCAAGGAAAUUUAGAAUCUAAUACGGGAAAGGAAGACAAUACUUUUGUAGUAGAUGCAGUUUCUAUUUCUAAGUUAAGCUGAUUAGAUGUAUGAUGCAGAUUGUUAUUUUCAUUGGGUAUAUUGCUACUUCUUAAAGAAGGAAGGACCAGCCUUAUUGUUUUCUUGUUUUACUUGAUAUAAAAUGACUUGAUGUGCCUUUUCAACGUUGCAUGCCGGUCCAGCCCGUGGUUGUGAUCAUGUGAAAGGGGAAAACGCGGAAGGCAACCACACUGCCUGGCUGUGGAACACCUUGCAGGCCUAUAACACAUGCACAUGUUCCUGUCACAGCCAGGACAGUAUAAUAGUCAUAUUCAUUCAAUGCCCUGCAAAUUUGACACAGUCUCUACUAAGUCAACUCAGCUCAGCAGCCCGUGCUGAUUUUAUGGAUUACAAAACUUCAACCAAAAAACAUCUGAUGAUUGUGCACUGGAGUGACCAGCACUGCCCUUUCUGAUGAUCCCUGUUUAUUUAUCACCAGAUUUUCCUUAGCUGUUGUUCUUUACAAAGAAUACAGUACCUGAUACAAAUUUACUCUACGUUUAUAGUUGCUUGGUACAUACACAAGCACACUCCAUUUUCCAGUUUCCAUAAAAGGUGUAAUGCUGCCAGCAGAACUACAUAUGAAUCACUAUGUAAUUAAAAUAAUUGAACGCCUUUCCACCAGAUAUGUUAUAUUGCAAAAUGUGUGUUAGUUUCUCUCAAGCAGAUUAUUUUCCACCUCAAAAAUGUUUUUGCACACUGUGUACAGUUGAGUUCCUGAUCAUGACCAUAAAGCACAGUUGGUGAGGCAGGGUCCUGCCAUCACUUGAGUUCCUAACCAGUUUUGCAUCUGUAUUACAUUGCCCUGUACCCAGUAGGGCGGUGUAGAGGUAUGCUUGCACAAUGACGCUGUGUUUUCACACACAAACAUGUCAGCAUAUAAGUAGAUGAACAUAUAUAAAUAUCUCUAUAUUUGUAAGUUCUGCAUUUUAAUCUUGUAUAAAUGAACUCUUUCAUGGGCAUUGUGUUGAAGGCAUCGCCAUUUGGAGUAUCACGUAUGAAGGUGUAUCAUCAAUUAACAGUCACUGUUAAUAUGAUGCAUAUUGAGUGAUGGGCUUUCAGAUGUAAGAAACCCUCUAUGUUGUGUAAUAUCUUUUGAGGAGAAAAUUAAACUAUUUUUCUUCUUAACCUUCUGAAACUUCUUUGACUAGUAUCAGAUCAUUCUGCAAGGAAACGCAAUUGUCAGAAUCAACGUUUGAUUUCUAUCCCUGAGAGUUUCAAUGCUGUAGCA